AUCACAGUGUUCAUCUGCUAGACUACAAGUCACACAGAGCUCUGAAGGUUUUAUGUUUUCAGGAGCCAUUCAGUCACCAUGAACACUCUGAACCAGCAGUACGAGGAGAAGGUGCGUCCCUGCAUUGACCUGAUUGACUCUCUCCGCUCUCUGGGUGUAGAGAAGGACCUGGCGCUGCCUGCUAUAGCCGUGAUAGGAGACCAAAGCUCGGGGAAGAGCUCGGUUCUAGAGGCGCUCUCAGGAGUGGCUCUGCCAAGAGGAAGUGGUAUUGUUACACGAUGUCCUCUGGAGCUGAAGAUGAAGAGAAGGAAAGAAGGACAGGACUGGUAUGGAAAGAUAAGCUAUCAAGAAUAUGAAGAAGAGCUAGAUGACCCUGCAAUUGUGGAGAAAAAAAUUAGAGAAGCACAAGAUGAAAUGGCUGGAGUCGGGGUGGGGAUCAGUGACGACCUCAUCAGUCUGGAAAUCGCUUCUCCCGAUGUUCCAGACCUGACUUUGAUUGACCUGCCCGGCAUUGCCAGGGUGGCUGUAAAGGGACAACCAGAGAACAUCGGGGACCAGAUAAAGAGACUGAUCCAGAAGUUCAUCACAAAACAAGAAACCAUCAGCUUGGUGGUGGUUCCAUGCAAUGUGGACAUUGCCACCACAGAGGCUUUGAAGAUGGCACAGCAGGUGGAUCCUGAUGGAGAGAGGACUCUGGGUAUCCUAACCAAGCCUGACCUGGUGGACAAAGGCACAGAAGAGACAGUGGUUGAAAUUGUCCACAAUGAAGUCAUCCAGCUAAAGAAGGGCUACAUGAUCGUUAAGUGCCGCGGUCAGAAGGAGAUCACAGAGAAGGUGUCCCUCAUUGAAGCCAUUGAGAGAGAGAAAGCAUUCUUUAAAGAUCAUCCUUAUUUCCACACUCUUUACAAUGAGGACCAUGCCACUGUUCCUAAACUGGCUGAAAAACUCACACUGGAGCUUGUGCAUCACAUUGAGAGAUCGCUGCCUAGACUGGAAGAGCAGAUAGAAGAGAAGCUAAAACAGACUCAGGCUGAACUGGACCGAUAUGGCACUGGACCGCCGUCUGAUGCAGGAGAGAGACUGGUUUUCCUCAUUGAUAAAGUGACAGAAUUCACUCAGGAUGCCAUCAGUCUGACCACAGGGGAGGAGCUCAAGUGUGGAGAGAACCUCAAUGUGUUUUCUACACUCAGGAGAGAGUUUGGGAAAUGGAAGGCUCACCUGGACUACUCUGGAGAAAACUUCAACAGGAAAAUUGAAAGAGAGGUGGAGGUAUAUGAAGAGAGGUACCGUGGAAGAGAACUACCUGGUUUCAUCAACUACAAGACCUUUGAGGUGAUGGUCAAGGAGCAGAUCAAACAGCUGGAAGAACCAGCCAUCAUCAAACUUAAGGACGUAGGAGAUGCUGUUAAGAAGGUGUUCGUACAGCUGGCCAACAUUAGCUUCACUGGAUUUCCUAACCUUGUAAAGACAGUCAAGGCCAAGAUUGAAGCCAUAAAGCAGGAAAAAGAGUCUUCUGCUGAGUCCAUGCUAAGAACUCAGUUCAAGAUGGAGCUUCUGGUUUACUCUCAGGACAAGACUUACAGUGACAGUCUGAAUGAAAGCAAGAAAGAGGGACAGGAAGAGGAAGUGAAUGUCUUUUCACAAAGAAGCAUUGUGUACUCCACCAAUAACUAUGCAACACUUCAGGAGCUGAUGGUGCAUCUUAAAUCCUAUUACAAAAUUGCUGGCUUGCGUCUGGCCGACCAGAUCCCCCUGGUCAUCCGCUACAAGAUGCUCCAAGAGUCUGCUGUCCAUCUGCAGAGGGAGAUGCUACAGAUGCUUCAGGACAAGGAGAAUUCUGAGUUUUUGCUGAAGGAAGACUUUGACAUCGGCAGCAAAAGGGCAGCGCUGCAGAGUCGCCUCAAGCGCCUCUUACAGGCCCGUGCAUACUUGGUGGAGUUUUAGAAGUUCAAGUGUGCCACCACAAACCUCAUGCAUUGCUUUUGUCAAAUUCAGUACAACUGCACAUUACAUGCUAUUUAUAGUCGAUAAAUUUACUUUUGUUAUAACAGUUAAGUCAAAGCCUAAAAUCUUUUUGCAAGAGAUGCUUCAGGACAAGGAGAAUUCUGAGUUUUUGCUGAGGGAAACUUUUGAAAUUGGCCACAAGAGGGCAGAGUUGCUUCAAGCACCCCAUUCAGGCCUGUGCAUACCUGGUGAAGUUCUACAAGUUCUGGUGUGCCACCACAAACCUGUUGCACCAUCAUUU